CAGCCUCCAGUGGAGGGGUCGAGGCGUGUGAGCCCCGAAAUGGGGGGCCGAGCCCCUCUGCUGGGCCUCGCCGGCCUCCAGGCCGCUGGCCCGCGGGGUGAGCGGCCCCCGCGAGGGUCCCGGUCGGCCGCGGAGCGCCCUGUCCCCUCGCCGGGCGCGGGGGUCGCGCGGCCCUGUGUCUGGGGCUCCCGGGGGGCUGCGGGGUAGCAUCGGUGCAGCGCCGAGCUGUGCAGACGGGAGGCACGUCCUGGUUUUGGUUCUGCCCCCACCCCUCGGCGCCUGCGUGGGUGCGUGCGGGUGCGGGUGCAUUCGCGUGGCGACUGCGCGCUGGAAGCGGGAGAGUAAUUGCUUUUGCUAAUUUUGGAGCGCGGAGCCCACGGGGCGGCGAAGGCUCCCUGCCCGGAGCAUCUUUGUCCUCAGCGGGUGACCACUGGAAGGCUGGUGGGCGGCUAGGGCUCUCAAACCCAGCUGCUUUCUUUUCCUAACUGCUUAAGUUAUAAGAUCAAAUUAUGAGUGACCAAAUCAAAUUCAUUGUGGACAAUCUCAAUAAAGAGCCUUUUAGGAAGAAUUAUAAUUUAAUCACAUUUGAUUCCCUGGAGCCAAUGCAACUAUUACAAGUUCUCAAUGAUGUUCUGGCUGAGAUUGACCCAAAGCAAGUUGUUGAUAUCAGAGAGGAGAUGCCAGAGCAAACAGCCAAACGGAUGUUGAGCCUUCUCGGUAUCCUUAAAUAUAAACCUCCAGGAAAUGCUACAGACAUGAGUACUUUCCGUCAGGGUCUGGUGAUUGGAAGCAAACCUGUAAUUUACCCAGUGCUCCACUGGCUUCUUCAGAGGACUAACGAACUGAAGAAGAGAGCAUAUUUAGCUCGUUUUUUAAUAAAACUUGAGGUGCCAAGUGAGUUUCUUCAGGAUGAAACUGUGGCUGACACCAAUAAACAGUAUGAAGAGUUGAUGGAAGCCUUUAAAACUUUGCAUAAAGAAUGUGAGCAGCUCAAGACAUCUGGAUUUUCUACAGCAGAAAUAAGAAGGGAUAUCAGUGCAAUGGAGGAAGAAAAGGAUCAGCUCAUUAAAAGAGUCGAACGUUUGAAGAAAAGGGUAGAGACAGUUCAGAAUCAUCAACGGAUGCUUAAAAUAGCAAGGCAACUUCGAGUUGAAAAAGAGAGAGAAGAAUUUCUUGCACAACAGAAACUGGAACAAAAGAAUCAGCUGUUUCAUGCAGUGCAGAGACUGCAAAGAGUACAGAAUCAGCUGAAAAGCAUGCGCCACGCUGCAGCGGAUGCAAAGCCUGAAAGCUUAAUGAAGAGACUAGAAGAAGAGAUAAAAUUUAAUUCAUAUAUGGUAACUGAAAAAUUUCCUAAAGAAUUAGAGAACAAGAAAAAGGAAUUGCAUUUUUUACAAAAAGUGGUUUCAGAGCCAGCUAUGACCCAUUCUGAUCUUCUUGAACUUGAAUCUAAAAUAAAUGAAAUAAAUACACAGAUCAAUCAGCUGAUUGAGAAGAAAAUGAUGAGAAAUGAACCAAUUGAAGGAAAACUCUCACUAUACAGGCAACAGGCAUCCAUCAUUUCUCGUAAAAAAGAAGCCAAAGCUGAGGAACUUCAGGAGGCCAAGGAGAAGUUAGCUAGCCUGGAGAGAGAAGUGUCGGUGAAGGCAAGCCAGAACCGCGAAUUUGAUGGUACCGAGGUUCUGAAGGGAGAUGAGUUCAAACGAUAUGUCAGUAAACUUCGAAGUAAAAGUACAGUUUACAAAAAGAAGCAUCAAAUAAUAGCUGAAUUUAAAGCCGAAUUUGGUCUCUUGCAAAGGACAGAAGAACUUCUUAAGCAGCGUCAUGAAAAUAUUCAGCACCAGCUGCAAACUACUGAGGAGAAAAAGGGCAUAUCUGGGUAUAGUUACACCCAAGAAGAGCUGGAAAGAGUGUCUGCCCUGAAGAGUGAAGUUGAUGAAAUGAAAGGGCGAACACUGGAUGACAUGUCUGAAAUGGUAAAAAGACUAAAUUCACUGGUAUCUGAAAAGAAGUCAGCUCUGGCCCCAGUUAUAAAAGAACUACGCCAGUUGCGUCAGAAAUGCCAAGAGCUAACCCAAGAGUGUGAUGAAAAGAAAUCCCAGUAUGAUAGCUGUGCAGCAGGCCUCGAAAGCAAUCGAUCUAAAUUAGAACAGGAAGUUAGAGGACUCCGUGAAGAAUGUCUUCAAGAAGAAAGUAGAUACCAUUAUACAAAUUGUAUGAUUAAGAACCUGGAAGUUCAGCUUCGUCGUGCUACUGAUGAGAUGAAGGCAUAUGUCUCUUCUGAUCAACAAGAAAAAAGAAAGGCAAUUAGGGAACAGUAUACCAAAAAUAUUGCUGAACAAGAAAACCUUGGAAAGAAACUCCGGGAAAAACAAAAAGCUGUACGAGAAAGUCAUGGUCCAAAUAUGAAACAAGCAAAAAUGUGGCGUGAUUUUGAACAACUGAUGGAAUGUAAGAAACAGUGCUUUCUGAAACAGCAGAACCAGACUUCGAUUGGUCAGAGGAAUCUUUUAGCAACUAAUAUCUCUUGUUUUGAAGAAACAUUUAUCUGAAGUUCAGCAUAUCCUACAGUUUCACUUCAGUUUCUUUUUCUUCUGUAGAAUUCAAAAAACUGUAAUAUUUUGAAUACCAUGUUUGUUCUAUUUAUAUAAUUUAAAGGAAAAUAAAACUUGGAGCAUA